AUGUCUGUGCUACUGCUGUCUGGUAGGAAAAAGGUGAUUGAAACCAAGAAAAAGAUUGUCAAGAAGGUCGGUAAACUGGACGAGGGUAAAGCGCCAGCAGUGACAGCAACAUGGCGGGUGGUCGCUGGCGGUGAACGCAAGAAUAUCUCCUUCUCUCGAGAUAACAUGAACGUUUAUCUCGAUGGAUCCCCCAUCGAGUGCACGGCCUACGUCACCGAUGGCGGUUAUGACCUCGAUCUUUUGUUUAACGUCGGUGAGAACCACGGCCAUAUCUACAGCGACGUGGAGGGCACCGAGAUGACCAACUAUCUCUUCUUUGAUGACCAGCUGGUGGCCCAGGAGAAGCAGAAGAACCUUCAGUCCAAGCAUCAACCAGAUGACAUCUGA